AUGGACAGCACUCAGGAGUCAACACUAGCGUCUUCCGAGCCUCCUCUACCGCCUGGCUUUAAGACUAUUGAACAAAUUCAGAACUUCUCAAGUGACCAGAUUAGAGCCAAAGGGCAGGUCAGUGUUAUUGGGUUUCUGCAGGAUUUCCGAGAACCAUUUCAAACUGGUGGCACAGACCACAAAUGCACGCUCAGGUUGAAGGAUCUUUCAACUUGGUCCAGUACUUCUGGAUUGGACAUUGUCAUUUUCUGGCCACUGAAGUACAUGCCGAAAGUAUCAAACCCCGGUGAUGUGGUUCUGGUGCGAGGCGCAAAAGUGCAAAUGUUUGGCGGAGCCGUGCAACUGAUCGCAAACAAAAAUUUCACUCAGUUUCACAUUCUGGCUGCCUCGAAUGUUCCACGUGAAUUAAAGAGCGUUGCAAGUAUUCCUUGGAAUACAUACGGUCCACCUCAAGGGAAGUCUGUAGCUCCCAAUACAAUCGAUUUAGCAUACAUCAUAUGGGCGAAUUCUCAUAAAGCGGACCUCGCCCUGCCAUCGAAUCAAGAAUUCCAAGAAAAUGUGAGCAGGUCCGCAAAUGUUAAAGAUAAAUUCAGUCUUCUGCAGGAUGUGCAGAGUGGACGAUUUUAUGACAUUAUUGGCAAGAUAAUCAAAGUCUACGAGGGCUCAAGAGAAGGGCUGUCCGUUUACUUAUCUGACUAUACGCAAAACGAUAAUUUCUACAAUUAUGAGUGGAACAAGAUUCAGGAUGGUGGAGAUGAAUAUGGGUACACGAAAAGGAAGCCACAGAAGGAACCCGACAAAUUAUGGCCAGGUCCUUAUGGGAAGAUGACCAUCCAACUGACUCUCUACGACGCUCAGGCCGGAUAUGUCCGGGAACAAGUCAAAAUCGGCCAGUGGGUCUUGAUGAAGAACGUUCAGAUCAAGUAUGGAAACAUGGGUGGUUGCUUGGAAGGAGUUCUGCGGGGAGACCGUGAUAAAGCUGAAGAGUUGGUCAAGGUGGAGAUACUAGAACAGUCGGAAGAUCAAGAUCGAAUUGAUCCAAGGCUGAAAGAAGGAGUCCGUCGCAAACGCGAGCACGAGAAAAGGUUCAAAUCCCAAAUUCAAGCUAUUAGGGAUGAAGAAGCGUGUUUAGGAGACAAGCGGAAGCGGGGGGACGAUGGAAACGGUGAUGGUGAGAAGGGUAAUCACAAACAACGAAGGAGGGAAAAGCGAGCCGCAGCUCACCGCAAAGUAGCAGAGGCUGAGGCAAAGGCUAGGAAGAAGUUGGAUCUAAAUGAAAACAACCUGCCAAUUCAAUCUUUUGCUGAAAUCCAAGAACCACGAAAGAUCCUUUUGGAUGAUGGCCAGGAUUACAUUUCACCCUUCACCAAUUGCAAAUACAGAGCCAAUGUUCGCGUCGUAGAUUACUUUCCACACAGAAUCGAAGACUUUUCUGUGGGCUAUCGUGCCAGUGAAUAUGAAAUGCUGUCAGACUACAGUGGAGAUGAAGAUACUGAUCGCGAAGAAGAUCUAAGGACGUUCAGAAGUGGACACGGAUUCGCCAAGAACACAUGGGAAUGGAGAUUCGCCUUGCAAGUUGAGGAUGCUACUGCUAAAGAUCCAAAGGAUCGCAUGUGGCUGAUUGUUGACAAUCCUGCUGCGCAAGGAUUAUUGAACCUGGAAGAGGAUGCUACCAGCCUUCGAGGAGAUAAAGAACUGCUAGAUAAACUCAAAAGACAGCUCGACAUAUUAUGGGGCGAUCUCGAAGAGCAAAAGUCAGCAAAGCAGCAACUGGAAAAGACGACGAAUCUUCCAUCAACCUUCGACUCAACAGCUUCAUCCCCACCACCCACUCACAACGCAGGCGACCAACCCGACGCAGAUGACAGUGACGACGAAAACAUAUCGAAGAGACGAAAUAUAGAAGAUACAGAACUACAAGACCGUGCUCCAAAUGAGAUGGCAACGAUAAACCCCAUGAACCAAGAGGGUGAUAGCAAGCUGGCACCCAGAAACAAGCCUUUCACCUGCUGCAUCAAGCAGUACGGCGUCAAGGUAAAGGAGAAAAAUCCAUCAAAAGCCAACGCAGGGAAUGGGGAGAGGUGGGAGCGGAGAUUUGGAAUCUUUGGCACGUCCAUCUCAUGA